AUGACAAGUGACGUAGUUGAUACUGUACAGUUGAAUGAAAAAUUAAAUGAAUUAAGUCGUUUAACAAAACACGAUUAUGGCACAGAAAGUUCAAUAAGUAUUUUAAAAUAUUUUGAUCACUUGUAUGCAUUUCAACAAUCUUAUCGAAUAAUUAACGAUGCUUUAGUUAGAAGAAGAUAUGCCGCUUUGUGUCAACCAUUAUUUAAAUAUUGUAUAAAUGAUGUAUUUCAAACAGACAAUAUUUGGCAUACUGUGUACUAUAUUCUUCACUCGUUAUGGAAUUACACCGAAAAAUCACCAGCUAUGUGUCAGGCUGUUCUUACGUUAUUCAAAUGUUCUAUCAGUAUACUUCAUAAUUUAGCACAAAUUUCAGAACUCAAAUUAGAUUUACAAAAACACAACUGUGUGGAAAUAUUGAAAAAAUUGACAUCAGACACGUCUCAUGACUUUAUUAGAGCAUUAUCAUAUUUAACAUUAUCUUACAUAAUCACCGAAGACGAAAGAACGUUUUUGGAAAAUGCCGAACAUGCAAUAUCCUUUGUACUUAAUGCCCUUCGUGAAGCAACAGUUGCAAAAGAUCGUCGCUAUAAUGGCUUGAGAACGACAGAAUUGUGCAACGGUUUAUCCAAGUUGUCUGUGUGUGAUAAGAAUAAGAUGACAAUUUAUUCGGAUACAACAUUGUCAUGUAUAAUAGAUAUGUUAAAACAACAAAAUUUUGAAGAGCAAUGUUCAGCUAGCACAUUGGUAUGGAGUUUAUCUUUUGAUGAAUCUAUACGUCUCAAAUGUUAUGAUAAUAAAGAAUUAAAAGAAUUAUUAUGUACAAUUAAUGAAACAACGCCCAAUGAUGAAUUAAGACGUAUUGUGAGUGGUUGUCUAUGGACAAUUAUGGGUAAUAUAAAAAAGAAGAAAGCAACAUCUCCACCAUCAUCCGCUUCUCAAAAACACGUUAUGAUUAGUUAUAAUCAUGAUACAAAAGCUUUAUCACAAAAAAUCAAAGAACGUUUAAUUAGUGAUGGUUAUUCAGUUUGGAUUGAUUUUGAAAAUAUGCAUAUAAAUUUAUUAGAUGCUAUGGCACAAGCAAUUGAACAAGCAAUGGUUAUUAUUAUGUGUUUUACCGAAAAAUAUAAAGAUAGUCCAAGUUGUCGUCUUGAAGCAGAAUAUGCUAUACAAAAGAAUAAAAAAAUUGUUCCACUAAUAGCACAAGCUAAUUGGAAACCGACAGGAUGGUUAGGAAUUAUUUUAGGACAAAAAUUGUAUAUUAACUUUGCCAAAAAAACAUUUGAUAUUGCGUAUAAAGAAAUGUUGGCAGAAGUAAAAGCGAAUACCGAAACGGCUGCUGAUGAUGAACAAAGAAGAAGAGGCUCCGCUAAACCUCUUCCUAUUGAGUCACCUGUUAAAGAACCAAUUGUUCCUGCUCUUUCUUCAAAUACUACGAAUACCGUUGAAAAAUUAGCAAAGGGUUUUUCAAAUAUUAAAUUGGAAAAAAGUACAACUGCAACAGCAGAAGCAUCUUCCAGUUGGAAACAAUGGUCAGCAAACGAGGUUUCUGCAAAAUUAAAUGAAAUGGGUUUAGAACGAUAUCAGAAAAUAUUUGUAGAUGUUGACGGUGCAAAAUUGACUAAACUAAUAGAAAUCAAAUUAAAAGCACCUGAGUUUUAUUAUUCACUAUUGAAAGAAAAAUGUGAUUCAUUAGUGCCUUCACGAUCCUCGGCACCAUCGAUUCAUAGUUUCAGUGGUUCACCGUUAGCAUCUCAAGGAAACAUAUCGACAUUGGCUCAGUUUUUGACAUUAGUAACUGGUCUUGAUAAUCUAUUAGAGCAUUUAAUGACAUCAAAUUGA